CCCACACCCUCAUCAUUUCCAUCCCCAGCACAUAAUCAGUUCCCAUCAUUCCAUGUGGAGAAAGGAGCUCAAAACUAGAGACAUCAGUAGGCAAAAAAUUAAAAUGGUGAUAAUGAGGUAGUAGUAAAAAGAAUACCAUAAGUGCUGUAGUUGGACCCUGCAAAUCUUUGAAAAUUAUCUGGAACCUGUUGGUAACAGCAUAACAUGGAUCUAGUAAAUUUUACUGAAAGAGUAAUUCUACGCAGGUUUAGUCAAUGUUGGUGCAUAAUCUUUUCAGCUUCAUCUUUAGGGAUGAUUGGUUUGACAAUAUUCACUUUGCGUUAAAGAAUGAUGGUAGUUUGAAGCAAUACACUGAAAGCUUGUCACAACCAGGCAAUAGGAUAGAUAUAUGAAGGAGUAAUUAAUCUUUUAAAGGAUGUAGUUAUAAAGUAUUAACUGUAGUUAAUGCCGAGUAAUACUUCAUUUGUUACAACUAUCACUUGAGUUGUCACUGUCAUGUUUGGAUCAGCAUUGUUUGACAAGUAUCAGUGAUGGCUGUAAAUGCAAAAGUAAAACAAUACACCAGUCAGAGGCAGAUAGGUCUGUUGCCAGUUUCAACAAGAGCUUCAUUUGCCCAAGGUUCUUGUAUUGAAAUACUAACUACUAACAUUUAGUUGGAAAAAUUUGGUAUGCUAUACUCUACUCCAAAAUGGCAGAUCAAAAUGAAAAACACAAGAUUUCUUUUAACUAUACAGGAAAUUAAUACACCGAGAUAAGCACUUUGUUUUUAAUAAUAGACCAAAGUUCCAUAUAGAUAGCCAGGUAUAUUAUCUCAUCCAAAGAAAUAUUUAUCCCUAUUGAAUAAAAUUACCAACAUUUUAAUGCUUGUGGUAGUAAAUCACCCGUGUGAUGAAUUUUACAUUUCUUUUGCCAUUUUGGAAAAGAGUAUAUUGGAACCAUUUGAGGUAGGUUUAAGUACACAUGUUAAAGAUAACUUUUUAGGAAAUUUUUUGUAAAAUUUAAUUUGUCCUUUUCCAUCCUUGGAAAUAAAGAUAGGAAAUGUGUUAAGUGACAGAAGUGGUGAACGAAUAAACAUGCAUUACACGUUGUUUUAGUUUGGUGGGUUGAGUAAUGGGACUUUCACUUCAGUGACUUUUUCUGUUUUUUGCAAAUGUUCCACUGAACCAUAAUAUCGUACUCAGAAUGCAAGGCUCAUCCUCGGUAUAAAAACCUGUGAAGCUCGAGCUCACGAGUGACGCAAAACAAAGACAACAAAACAUAAACAAUAGCGUACGGCAAAACAAUACCUCAUGAAAUAAAGAAAACCUCGUCAGGUUUUUACACCGAGGAUGACCCGUAUGCAAACUAAUCGUAAGCCUGUCCAAUUUUAUAUUUGUUUGUAACCCUUCCCCAUCUCAGGCAUAGACAGUAUAGCUUAUCCAUGCGCUGAUAGCCCCCUCCCCUCCCCCCUUCCCUUCAAAGAGGAAGUUCACUCUAUGACCCGUUGGCGGUCAUCGCUUUACUUUCAAACAUCACCAAAGGAAGUGUACAAAAAGAAUGACAGUAGGGGUAAAUUGGAAAGUGGUCUCUCCACUCUAUCUUCUUUCCCAUCGUCCUCGACCACACAGCGCCGUACUAUAAGUACGAAACGACUGGGGACGAGUCAAUUUCUUUGCGGAAUUAUCAAACGCAAGAAGAAUCUGAAUAUGAUCUGUUUUCCUGGUUUAGCACGAAUUUGGUGAUCUGUCAUUUCUAGGUAAAAUAUGGACAUGCUGUAUUAUGCAAGUCAAAGGUCUUACAGUUGGAAGAGUCAGGGCGAAGCUUUCCGUAUGUUCCGUGCACAAAGAAGAUUUCUUACUUGACAUUUGUCACGAACCGGAAAUCGCGGUUUUAAAACUUCCCGCGCGUAAAACCUUCCUGAGUUUGUAAUCUCCGAUUCCAUGAGUUGCUGAAGACGGAGAAGUCAUCGUUAUAAAAAGUGUUCUUUUAUUGUUAAAACAAUUAAAAUCUGCAGAUGUUUUCGUCCCAAGCAUUAUAUUUGAGCAACCAAUUUUGGAGAACGAUUUGGCGCGUAACCUGAAUGAUGUCUGUUUCUUCAUCUCGGAUAGCAUAAUUAUUAGCGAGGUGUGUCGUUACACCCUUCUGGUGAGAGGAAUUCAAAACACCUCAGGCUCAGUGGGUGAGGGUUUAUUUCUCUUAGCGUUGUAAUCGCCGACAGUGCAGAUUUCGAACCACUGAUCGGCGAAAUUAAAAAAAAUGCGGCUUAAACCGCGCGAAAUCGAGAGCUGGUUCGUCGCUUUGGGUCUUCUGGAACAGCGGCAAACGGCUUCUGAUCAUGAGUCUGACAGCUAUCUGCGGGAUAUUUUGAAAGACGGCUCGAUACUCUGCCGUUUGGUGAAUCGGUUGAAACCAGGGACAGUAAACAAGAUCCAUCAGGAACCACUUUCCGAAGCGGAGCGCUUGGAGAACUUUAGCUCAUUUCUGAUCGCCUGCCAAGACCUGCAACUGAAAGACGACGAGAUUUUCACUCCGAACGAUCUCGACUCUGAAGAAGGCUUCCUUCGUGUUCUACGGACUCUUGACUGCCUUGAAUAUGUCGCCAACGGAUAUGGCAUGGGAAAGCAGUUUCCUCACCAUGAAGUAACAACUAUUGAUUCAGCACAGGAGUCAGAGGAAGUUACUGACGACAUAAGACACCUUGAAAUGACAGAUUAUGGAGUUGAUAUCCACCUUGUAAAAGCAGCCUUUCCAUUAAAUGGAAAAGACGAAGAUGAGCUCUGUUUUGAGAGAGGAGAUAUUCUGGAAGUCACUAAGGUUGUUCAAAACAUAUUGGAUACAGAGAGGGCUCAUGUUAGUGAACUACAGGCUUUAUUACAAAACUACUUAAAACCCUUACAGGCUUCAAAUGUAUUACCAGCACAAGACAUAAAGGUUCUUGCAGGAAACUUUGAGGAGAUUGUCCAGUUUCAGCAGAUGUUUUUCAAUGUCAUGGAUGAAUGUGCACAACUUCCCUUACCUCAACAAAGAAUGGGUGCUAGUUACUUGCAGAUAGCUCCUCAGGUAAGCACAGUCAUUCUCACUAACUGUUAUUAACUGCUUUGCAGUGAUGAGCUAUCAGCCUUCAUUGAAAGCAAAGGAGCACCAGCACCUGGAAUACUAACCUUGACGACAAGUCUCAGCAAUCCUUUCAGACAUCUUGGCAAGUAUCCAAAUCACAUGAAAGAACUGGAGCGCCACCUUGAGGAAGGACAUGUAGAUGAACUGGACACUAAGAAGGCCAUUGCUGUGUUUCAGAACUUGACUACCAGCUGCCAUGAAACUAGAAAACGGAAAGAAACAGAGUUAGAAAUGCUCACAGGAACUAUAGAGGGAUGGGAAGAAGAGGAUAUAAGUAAACAAGGAGACCUCAUUUUGAUGUCACAGUUCCUGAUACAUGGAGAAAAUGGGGAGGUCCGAGAGAGAUCUUUUCUGCUGUUCCCAAACUGUAUGAUAAUCCUAUCAGUAAAUGCAAAUGCAUGUGGCUAUAAAUUUGAGAAAAAAUAUGGACUAUCAGACUUGACCAUACGUUCAUUAGAAGACUCAGAAGGCAUUCUGAAUGCUUUUGAGAUAAAAGUCAAUGGAGAUGUCAUGAAGCUUUCUACAAAUCAUCCACAUGAGAAGAAUGCCUGGCUUGAUGCAUUCCAACCGCCAGGGCAAAGUACAAGGGCUCGGCAACACUCAGAGAAAUGUAGUGUGACUUCACCAUCACCAUGGGUGGAGAGAAAUCCAGGGUCACUGUCAGAAAGAACUUAUUCAAAGUCAAGCCCACCUCGAAGCGACUCAAUUGGGUCACCACCAAAUUCAGCCACACCCAAGGGCUCUAUUAGCACUUCUGGUGUACACUCUCAGUCUUCUAGUGAUGGUUCCAAGUUCCGUUCUGUUUCAACGUCACAUUCAGUAGCUACUGAUCUGACUGCAUUCAGCUCAGCCCCUCACAGUCCAAACAGGAAAGGACGCUGGGAUUUCUCAAGGCUUAGACCCACUCCACCUCUGAGGCCAGCAUAUGCACUGAUUGCUAAAGAGGAUACAUCCACAGCACAUCGAUCUAUGAGGGGCUUGCUUUACCCAUCAAGAAAGAAACAAGUUUCCAUCUCAAGGCCAAGUUUCAAAGGCCGGUCAAAGAGUGAACUUGAUGAUGAAAGGACCAACAGUACCUCAGGAAAUAGCCGUGUACUAGAAGAAGACAUGCUUAUUCUACGUGUUGUGGAGUCUUAUUGUACAAGUGCAAGAGCACGGCAUACUCUAAACAGUAGUCCAAUCCUUCCCGAACUUCCCACCCAUCGACCGCCUUCAACAUCCAGUUUAAAAGAAGAUGGGCUGAAAUCAAGAAAAUCAAAGAAAAAGUUUAAUAGGGAUGUCGUUGGCGAAUUUAACUGUCUUAGAAGAAGAGUGGAAGAACUUCAGCUUGAAACUGAGUCCCUUCGCCAAAGUUUACUCGAAGAGCAAACCGCACGGAAAAAGAUGGAGAAAUUCAUCCGCUGUUCCCUGAAAGGAGUAAUUCCAGAUGUUACUUGGGAGGAUAUGGAAAAAACAGAUUCACCAAAGCCCUCCUUCUUGGCCAAAUUGAAAGGCAAGAAAAGCUAACUUGAACUUAAGUGAACGCUUUGGAAGUUUGCAGGGAAAAGCUGCUCGUUUUGUAAAUUGGUAAAUCUUGUAUUGCGUUGAAGUAGCGUGGAUUGUUUUAAAUCUACAUACUUUUUCUUCACUUAACCUCGAGAUAGAUUUAGGCUUUACUGCUCGGAAGUCUGUAUACAAAUUCUACAGCCACAAUGACAGAACGACAAGUUGGGCGUAACAUAGGAAUGAAAACUUUUUUCUAGCGGAAAGAGGGAAAGUGAGUGCUUGAGUUUUGCGCAACCGGCCUAUAAUGCCCUAUUCAGACGCACCCAAGUCUUGAUUGAGUUAGAAGCAAAUCUAGGAAAUGACAGCAUAUCAUCAUGUACCUAAUGAAUCACAAACACUUAACUUUAAGAUUAAACUCGAGUCUUGAGCUUGUGGUUUUUUUUAGUUAGGAAUGGCGCCCUUCGUCAUAUGGUCACGUAACGCUUGAAAACAUUUCAGAGCAAAAACCAAAAAAAGUUACAUUAAGUCAUACCGUUUCAUAGCUCUUACUGGCUACUUUUUAAGCUUAAACAAUCAUUGUAGAAAAGUCGUAUUUUUAUAUAUUUAAUGAUUUAAUAAUUUAAGAAUGACGAAGAACUGAACUUGAACUAGCCGUUUACUUGAAUAAAAUUUACCUCAUUGAGAAGGCAAAUUAA